AUGUUGAAGGAUCCUGCGCAAUCAAGGGCACAAGACGGUUGCACAUUGAUGUUUGACGGGUGGACCAAUCAGUGGAACCAACCUUCGAGCAAUUUUUCGGACUCUGCUCGUAACACCAUAGAGUCGUACACCCAACUGGCUGCAAGCCACUUCCUUCACCUACCAUCACUAGACAGAAAGAAAAAGACAAUGGCCAUCACUAUCUCAAAGAGAAAGAGACAGCAGCAAGAAUUUGAGCAGCGAGAGUUGUACCUUCUGAAACUGUUCGGUCGAGACGAGAUUGACAGGCGUCGAAGGAGCUGA